AUGCCAAAGAAACAAAAGCAAGAUCUCCCCCUUCAUAAAGUCAUCAUGGUCGGCUCUGGCGGCGUUGGCAAGUCGGCGCUUACUUUGCAGUACAUGUACGGUGACUUUGUCGAAGAGUAUGACCCUACGAAGGCCGACUCGUAUAGAAAGAAGGUCACGCUGGAUGGUCAAGAUUGUCAGAUUGACAUCUUGGACACUGCCGGGCAAGAAGAAUACGCUGCUGACUUUAGGGAACAGAUUUCGCGAGUUCUAGACGAUGAUAGCGUGCCAUUCAUCCUCGUCGGUAAUAAAGCCGAUCUAGCUAAUAGUUAUCGAAAAGUAACAAAAGAUGAAGCUGCAGCCAAGGCAGCCGAAUGGGGAUGUCCGUACAUUGAGACAUCGGCGAAAACGCGACUCAACGUAGACGAGGUCUACACCGAGUUAAUGAGAAAGAUUCGAGCACGCAAAGAAACUCAAGAGAAUCCAAGACCAGUAAGGAAUAGAUGCGUGUGCUUAUAA